UGGAAGCCGGGGCCAGCGGACCCGGGGGGAGGGCUGGGCCGGGGGCGUCGGCCGCCGCCACGCCAAGCCCGGCUGGAGAGGCUCUAGCGGAGAGGUGGACGGACAGCCGAUGCCCCCGAUGGAGCUGGCGUUGGACCGAGAUCGCCCGGACCUGCUGGACUUCCUGCUACAGGAAAGCGGAGACUUGGGGGCGGUGCCCGGCGAGUCCCCGGAGGCUCCAGAGCACUGGGAGCUGCCGCUUUCCGAUGUAGACAACGAUUGGGAUGUAGAGGAUUUCCUAAGCUCCCUGCUGAAUCCGCAAGCAUCCCUCUCCGACCCCUGUUUGGUCGGCCAUGAUCACACCUACUCCCUCCCGCAGGACCAUAUAUCCAUAGAUCUAGAUUGCAGAAGCUAUAGAAAAGAGGGGGUCCAAAUGAAUCCACUGCAGAUGGAGGAAUCGGCAGAACAGAUGGAGCAGGAUUCAUCAUUCCUGUCUGACAUCCCCUCCCAACUCAGCUGCCCUUAUCCCACUUUCCCGGAACCCCCGAUUGCUAGGCUGAUGCUGACAGAUGAGGAGAAGAGGCUCUUGGAGAAGGAGGGGCUUACCCUGCCUGGGAUACUUCCUCUCACUAAAAUGGAAGAACAAAUUCUAAAACGUGUGCGGAGGAAGAUUCGAAACAAAAAAUCUGCUCAAGAGAGCCGAAGGAAGAAGAAGGUGUAUGUGGGGGGUUUAGAGAGCAGGGUCUUGAAAUACACAGCCCAGAAUCUGGAGCUACAGAACAAAGUACAUCUUCUGGAGGAACAGAAUUUGUCCCUUUUGGAUCAGCUGAGGAGACUCCAGGCCAUGGUGAUUCAGGUAUCAAACAAAACCACCAGCAGCAGCACCUGUGUUCUGGUCCUACUGUUCUCCUUCUGUCUCCUUUUUGUGCCUGCUAUGUACUCCUCUGACACAAGGGGGAGCCUGCCAGCUGAACAUAGAGUGUUGUCCCGCAGGCUUCAUGCCCUCCCCAGUGAGGACCCUCACCAACUGGAGCUGCCUGCCCUGCAGUCAAAGACACCAAAAGAUAGCCCAGACCAUGUGCUCCCAGCUCCUGGCAACUCUUGCUGCCUGCUCUACAACAUGUCUCAGGCUUGUGAUGCAGAGCUUUCCCUGAAGUUGCCUUCCCCUGAUCCCUUCUCAAAGUCCCUCUACCCAGGCCCCAUCCUGCUCCUGCAUGCAAAUCUCACAAGAGGAGAGCCCCAUACCUGCCAUCUUGCAGGGCAAAUACUCAUGCUCAACAUCAGUAUAUGGGGGACCUUAGCAAAUGCUUGGAGCUCUCAAUCUGCAUCCAUCUAAAAAGGAGUGGGAGACGGCUAGCCUCAGCUCCUGUGCCCUGUCAUGAAGCCUAAGGGCUCACAUACACUAUGCUUACUGGCUUUCUGGCUCUUUCAUUUGUACCCAUCUAUCACCCCAUGAAUGGGCCUGGAGGAAUCAACUGAGCUUGAACAUUGCAUGCAGUGAGGGGAAGGGAGGAGGAAAUAAAUAAGUGAUUCUGAAGCCUUGGUCACCCUCAUCCCCUCUUUACUGGGGUGAUUGUGGGGAGAAAGGGGAGAAGGGAAGGUGUGUGAUUGUCUUGGUGGCUCAGGGUUGCAGGAGACUGGCAGGGGUGGGUGG